AUGGAACUAUCUUUUCAACGACAAAAUAUUUGUUCGGUGGACGUUAAUGAUCUUGACGGUGAUCCAUCUAUAGAGUUGCAUAACUUACCCUAUGAUAUUCCCGGUUACGAACCUUCAAUGCCUGUGAGAGUUGAAUAUUGCGACGGGUUAUUGAUUUAUUUUACAUUUUACGGGACCGGUAUUUGCAACCCAUGGUUGAGACAGAUUAAAUGGAUCAAAGCCAAAUGUCACGCAGAUGAAUUCAAUGGGAUGGGAUACGAAAAUAGUAGAGUACUCGAUAAUAAGCAGUACAAGAUUCUUGAGUCUGAUAUCUAUAGCAAUACAAGCAUGAAAGUUAGUAUAACUGAUUUUGGAUACGAUGAUGCAUGGAAAUCAUACGAGUUUGCAUCCAUCAACUGGAAAUUAUAUAGUUCACAAAAUAGUGUAUCCUUGAAUGGAACGUUGUAUUGGGUUGCUAUUUAUUAUCAUGACUGCGAGCCACAUGAGCUUUUUAUUCAAAGCUUUGAUUUUUCCACGGAGAGAUUCGCACCAUAUUGUAUGUUGCCUAGUGAAAACAAAGCCGGUCCAUAUGAUGCUAGAUCCCUUGCGGUUUUUAGGGGAGAUGGGUUUUCGUUUUUAGAGCAAAACUAUGAGACGAGGGAUAUAAAGAUUUGGGUGACAAAAGAGAAGAUUCAAAAUGGGAUCAACGGAAAAAACGUAGAGUGGAUGAGUUUCAUGAAUGUGUCAAUUCCUGAAUGGUCGAGUUUAAAAGGAAAGACUUGCAUCUACAUUGCCAAUAAGGGAGUUAAUAAGUUUUAUGAAAUCAAGAUAAAUGAUUUGGUUGAGACUCAUCGUAUUCACCGCACGUAUUUUCCAAGUUUGAUCCAAGUUCCUACGUUCACGAUGAGCGGUAAAGAAGGUAAAACUGAGUCACGUUUUGUACUCCCUAGAGGGGUAGAAGCGAGCUAUGGAGUAGGAGGAAAAGAAUGGGACGAUGGCUUCUUCAACGCAGUGAAGAAAAUAAGUGUAGCUAGGAGUAAUUUUGUCGUGGUAGAAGAACCUGACGAAGUUGAUACCGAGGGCAUUGUAACUUAUAUGUAUCUUCUCAACUCUUUCGUGGGCUCCAUCAUCCCAAAUGGCUCCAUAGUCUUCGGUGAGUACAGAACCAAAUGGUCCCUCUUUCCAUGGACUCAUUUUUCUUUCUUUCUGUUUUCCUGA